AUGAUUUAUUUCUGCACCUCUCUCUCUCUUUUUUUACAGUACAUUGAUGCUCGUUUCCCGUACUACCGUAACUGUGAUCCGAAACGACGUCAAGGAUGGCAGAAUAGUAUCAGACAUAAUUUGUCCCUCAAUGAUUGCUUUAUAAAAAAAGCUCGUGAUGGUAUUGGUCCAGCAAAUGAUCGUAAAGGCAAUUUCUGGACCCUCUCUCCGGACAGUGCCAAUAUGUUCGAUAAUGGAAAUUUUAAGAGAAGCAUAAUUCGUUGCAUAGAUUACCUAGAUCACUUGCACAGUCGGUCUGAAAAUUCGACUUCUUUGGCCUCGAAAUUCCUCGGCAACCGGCUUCUAGUUAAUCCACCAACAAUGUUUCAUCUACCAGAAGACUACAGCUCGCCAUGCAAUAUUUGCUGGGCAGCACCGGUCGAUCAGAAGCCUAUUCCAAUCCCGAAUUGCUCCCCCGGAUCACUGUUAACGAUUCAUCCAUCUCCAGCAGUGAUAAACUACCGGUCAAAUGAGGAGGUAAAUGUCCCGGUCCCUCAAUGGACGACAAAUCAUCAACAACUUCUACCGCCCAUUCAGACUCUCGAACAACAACAACAACAACAGCAAUCACCACCAAAUAUCAUCUACGAGAGGCUUGACGAAUAUCCAUCCUGA